AUCCUGGCUUUCGUGCAGAGUACGGAGUACUGGAUGCGCUAUACCACCACGAAACAAAAUCCAUCCUCUAAUGCCAAUGAAUCCUCAAGCUUUAUAAUGUGACCGUCUCCCAUGUACCAUGGUCCUGUCACAACGUUGCUCUUUGACACCAUCCUGAUCCAAUCUCAAGAAGAAUGUAGAACAAGCAGAGCAAGACCAAGAUGCUUCAUUGCGUGCUUGAACGGUCCUAUCCCUAAAAUUCCAGCUGAAGCUAAUAAUCCUAAAGCGGCUUCGCAGGCGGUAAACAAUACUGCCUCAACCAGCGAAUCAUCCAACUGCGUUCUGAACCGCAAUCCCUCUAGGCUCCAACCACGAUGAAUUGCUCUACCGAAAACAGGGCUCGUCUAGAUGCUGUGACGGCGAUUGAGAGGUCCCUGGCAUCGGGUUUUCUUACGCAGUAUACCCCGGGUGAUCUAGGAGCUCACCAUGUAGAAGUCAGUACGAUGCGCCUUGACGGCGACAGACAGCCUCCAUCCCAAUCUUCGUUCUUCGAGCCUUACAUGGGCACACUACCGCAACCUGAUCCCGAAGAGGAGUAUCCUCCCUUUGAUGAGAAUGGGGGUGUUUUCUGCACCCCGAUAGCUUGGGCACAAGACAUCUAUCAGUAUCUCCGAGCCUACCUAAUGGACAUAGCGGGCCAGGAAAACCCCAAUGAUCAUAUUCAGCUCAUGCAACCCGGUAACUUCGACUACAAUCUUUGGGAACAUGACUAUCACUUCAACUGGCGUGCUACAUCCGCUUCCAAAGUCCCUGACGGUCCCUGGCUUAAGUGCAUGAUUCUCAAUGACAUCCAAGGAAGUGAUAAGAUCACGCGCGGGGAACUACUAUGUAUUUGCCAAAUCAUGAUCAAAGGUCUUGGAACAUAUGAGAAUCAUGUUAUGGCUCCCGUAUUGCUAUUAUCCUUCAUGGGUCCGCGACAUGGUCGCGUUCUUUUAGCCCAUCAUGAUGGCAACAAACUGGUCAUCUAUAGGACAGAGCUUUUCGACUUUCAGUCCAGAAACGUGUCUGCCUUCAAGAUCCUCGCACGGUGGUGGUGUUCGGGUGGUGUUGGGAAUACGGUUACAAGGAAACCAAACAUUGUACAGAAGGCACUCAAGCAAUAAUGGUUGCCCUCUAGGCUUGCUACCAGAACCACCAAGGGGAGCCUGGAUAAUCACCGAGUAUAAUGAUAUGGGAUGAUCUAUAUAGAAGGACGUCGGCC